GGCGGGGCGAGGGGCGGCCCCUGCGUCUCUGGGCGUCGGAGCGCGGCGACAGUCACGCCGCGGGAAGGACGGACGGGCGCGCGCCGGAGCCUCCGUGGCCAUGGCCGAGCCCGCCGCUCGCCUCUGCUGCCUGGGCUGGGACUUCAGCACGCAGCAGGUGAAAGUGGUUGCUGUUGAUGCAGCGAUGAAUGUCUUCUAUGAGGACAGCGUGCAUUUUGACAGAGACCUACCAGAAUUUGGGACUCAGGGUGGAGUUCAUGUUCACCAGGAUGGUCUGACAGUGACUUCUCCAGUCCUGAUGUGGGUCCAGGCUUUGGAUAUCCUCUUGGAGAAGAUGAGGGCUUCGGGCUUUGACUUCUCUCGAGUCCUCGCCUUGUCUGGGGCAGGCCAGCAACACGGAAGUAUAUACUGGAAAGCUGGGGCCAGCCGGGUGCUGACAAGCCUGUCACCAGACCUCCCGUUACACGAGCAGCUGCAGGCCUGUUUCUCCAUCCACGACUGCCCGGUGUGGAUGGACUCCAGCACCACAGCCCAGUGCCGCCAGCUGGAGGCCGCCGUGGGCGGGGCCCAGGCUCUCAGCUGCCUCACCGGCUCCCGUGCCUACGAGCGAUUUACAGGAAACCAAAUUGCAAAGAUUUACCAGCAGAACCCCGAGGCCUACUCACACACCGAGAGAAUUUCCUUGGUCAGCAGUUUUGCCGCUUCCCUGUUCCUGGGGUCCUACUGCCCUAUUGACUACAGUGACGGUUCUGGAAUGAACUUGUUGCAGAUCCAGGACAAAGUCUGGGCCCAGGCGUGCCUUGGUGCCUGUGCACCCCAUUUAGAGGAGAAGCUGGGCCCCCCGGUACCGUCAUGCUCAGUUGUGGGGCCCGUUUCUUCCUACUACGUCCAGCGCUACGGGUUUCCUCCGGGAUGCAAAGUGGUGGCCUUCACUGGGGACAACCCAGCGUCGCUGGCAGGCAUGAGGCUGGAGGAAGGUGACAUUGCGAUCAGCCUGGGCACCAGCGACACCCUGUUCCUCUGGCUCCAGGAGCCCACGCCCGCCCUGGAAGGCCACAUCUUCUGCAGCCCGGUCGACCCCCGGCACUACAUGGCGCUGCUGUGCUUUAAGAAUGGCUCGCUCAUGAGAGAGAAGAUCCGCGACGAGUCGGCUUCCGGUUCCUGGAGCGAGUUCUCGAAGGCGCUGCGGUCCACGGAGAUGGGGAAUGGCGGAAGCUUGGGUUUUUAUUUUGACGUCAAGGAGAUCACCCCUGAAAUGACCGGGCGUCAUAGGUUUAGCCCAGAAAACCGUGAGGUCCCAGCGUUCCCUGCGGAUGUGGAGAUCCGGGCACUGAUUGAAGGACAGUUCAUGGCCAAGAGGAUUCAUGCCGAGGGCCUGGGCUAUCGAGUCCUGCCCAAGACAAAGAUUUUGGCCACUGGAGGGGCAUCUCACAACAGAGACAUACUACAAGUGCUUGCGGAUGUGUUUGGCGCCCCGGUAUAUGUCAUAGACACCGCCAACUCAGCCUGCGUGGGCUCCGCUUACCGAGCUUUCCACGGUCUAUGCUGCCCUCCUGCCAAGGUACGCCCAGCUCGAGCAGAGAAUCCUGUCCCAGCCCCAGGGGCUCCCGGAGUGAGUCCUGCAGGCCCAGGAGCCUGUAGACCCUGCCGGCUCCCACUCGCUGACCCCACUGGGAGACGUGGCACUGGACAGCCGGGACCCUCUUCCCUGUUCUGGGUGCCUGGCCCCUGGCCCCUGAUGUGCUCCAGCCCUGUCCGGGGCCACCUGGAAGCCUGUCUCGCACAUCUUCCUGAGCGUCAGCGGGCUGCUUGUGUCCCUGUGUGCUGUGCUCAGGACAGGAGAGCAUCCCUUUCCUGUCUUCAUUUCAGGAGGCAGGAUAACACGGAGCCUGGGAUAUCUCCAAUAAAGACUGAAUUUUCCUUUCCUUUUUUUUUAAACUAUAUUUUUAUUGAUUUCAGAGAAGAAGGGAGAGGGAGAGAGAGAUAGAAACACGAACGAUGAGAGAGAAUCAUUGAUUGGCUGCCUCCUGCAUGCCCGCUACUGGGGAUCGAGCCCACAACCGCAACCUGGGCAUAUGCCCUGACUGGGAAUAGAACUGUGACCUCCUGGUUCAUAGGUCGACGCUCAACCACUGAGCCACAGUCAGGUGGGCUGACAAUUUCCUUUUCAAAGGCAGAAGUAAAUCUAAUCCAAGGAACUAAAUCAGCAAAAUAGGGAAGAGAAUGCCAUCCCACAAACCCUGACCCCCAGCCCAUCUCUUUCUCCAGUCCUGGCUCUCUGGCCACUUGGAAAAAUGUCUCAGAACGACCAACUACAAAGUAUCCUAGCUAACUAUUACACGUUAAAGGUUGAAGGGGGUGGGGUCUCUAAGCCAAAAGACCUAGUUUUUUUUUUUAGAAGAAAAGAUCAGGUUGGUAUCAGACUUCUCAAAGAGUAAGUAACAGUGGAGCAAUAUUUUUAAGAAACUCAAACUAAAAAUAUGAAAUAAGUGUUUAAUACCAACUAAGCUGCCCAAGUAUCAAGGAUAAUUUUUAAGAAGUUUUAUUCAUGCAAGAGCUCAGGAAGUAACCCCCUUGGGAUUCUCCUAACUGACAAGCUUCAUCCAACGAGGAGAUGAUUGGUGAAACUAAAGCACAAAGACUGGUAAUGAUCAUUGAAUAUCUUUAAUUUGGGAUAAAAGACCAAAAUGAAAGUGGGGAUAAGGGUGGAAGAAUAGCAUCAAAUGGUAUAUGGUUUGACAAGGUAGAAGUAACACAACUAAGUGAAUGAAAAAGGAGAGAGGGAGAGGACCGUACGAAGAGCUCUUCGUUGCAAAGGCAAUAUGUGUGAGUCAGUAUCAGUUAAAGUUGACAGGCCAAAUAGUUAUAUAUAGUUAUAUAUAGUGAGCAUUAUAUAAAGACAAUAGUGUAUGGUAUUAAAGGUAAUCAGUACGAUGAAAAUAGGCAUCUUCUUCAAUGCCCACACACACAAUAAUACAGGGGACAGAGCACAUAGUGAGUCAUAAAGAUCACACACUAACCAGCAAAGAAAACAGGAAAAAACAGAAUUAAUAAAUGAACAGUAUUUUGAGUAUUUGAAAAAAAUCAAAAUAGGUAAACUACUAGGUAAUAAAAGGGGGAGAAAGCAGUGACACAAAAUAAAAAUAGUGAAAAAUUAACGUUGAAACAAAAAUUUUAAUUUUAAGGACUGCUUUGCACAACUCCGCAAAUACAUUUGAAAACCUAGAAAAAAUGGUAAACGCCUAGGAAAAUAGGUAAUUUACUAAAAUGACUCCAGUAGUGACAGAAAGUUCAAGCAGACUAAUUUUCAUAAAAGAAAUGGAAAAGAUUAUAAAAGAACUACCCUAUAAAAAAAGGCACUAGGUUAGAUGGGGUCACAGGGGAAUUUUACUUCAUAGACCAGUUAAUCCCUAUGCAACAGAAUGUAUCCCAGAACCCUGGAAAAGAAAAAAGCUCUUCCAGAUCAUUUUUUUUGAAGCAAAUAUAACAUUGACCUCUAUACUAAGUUGCAAACGCCCCAAUUCUUCACUUCUCUCUAUAGCCAUGUAUUUUGCUAUGGAAUUUUGUUACACUCUCUUCUCUGACUGAGCUCAUCUCUGCCGGUUUGGACAAGGGGAUUUUCACAAGCAUGAUGUAAGCCAGGGCUUGGAAAGCCCUUAUGCAGUUGGGAUUGCUCUUGCUCUGCUCUCUGCCUUUUUCAUGAAAGUCUCGUGCCUAAGCUAGCCUGACCAAACCCCUCCUGAAUCAGCCAGGGGGUGACUGACUGUCCCGACAUGUGAGUCCAGAUGAGACCUGAAGAAAUGCCCAGCAAACGCAAUGUACAUCACCAGCCUACAGAUUCAUGAGCUAAAUACAUACGAUUUUAAAGCGUGGAGAUUACAGUGAUUUAUCACACAGCAAUAGAAAACUGAUAUAAAAAUUAGUGCCGACACAAAAAGGAAAUAAAUGUGACCUUGAAACUGGGCUGUGGUGGAGAGAGGAAAAAUGGUGAAAAAAUCCUUACAGGAGUCUGAAAAAAAUGCAAGGUAACUGAGUGCCCAGGUAACGUGGAAGAUAGAAAGUUGACCUACUGGACAUUUGGGCUUGAGAAAAGAAAUUUCUAAGCAGAAUGUUGAAAGUGUCAAACUAGCCAGAUUCAAAGUAGAAUUUAGAGGGGAUCUACAGAUGCUAGAAUGAAGAAAAUAACUUUCUCAUCUUUGCCCCUUUAAGCCAAAAGAGUUUAUCAAAUAUAAGAUAUGGCUUCAAAAAAAAAUAAAUAAAUCAAGGACUCAAAGAUACUUUGCUGAGCCCUCUGAAAGACUCAAGGCACUGUCUUAGAACCUUUCCAGUGGAUUAAAGCGGCUUUCAGGAAUCAUAAGUUCUUGUCCCACAGCAUUCUCUCAUACCUAAAGUAUCAGGGGUUAAGUUGAGAGAGAGAGAGAGAGAGAGAGAGAGAGAGAGAGAGAGAUCUACAAUAAUUCUGGGUAUGGCUUUUGGUGCAUAGAGUGAGUUCAAAUCAGACACAUAAAAUCCACAGAACAUAAAAGUGAUGUCAGUCUAGACAAGAAGGGACCAAAUGUAAGAAGAUUUGGGCCCCCAACUAUCUAUGGGCAGGAAGCAGGCUGAGGGUGUUGCUCUAACAGCCUAUGUCCCAAUGCCCUCUUUAGUGAUGCUCAAGGAGGGCAAUGCAAAGUGAAAGCUGUGGUGGGCGAAGCCAAGAACCAGGGGGCACAGUGGGUGCCACCUUCAGUGUGGCAGACAAACUCUCAUGGCCUGCAUGAUCCCUGCCUCUGGCAGUCACACCCUGGUGUACUUCCCUCUUGAGUGUGAGCACUACCUGUAACUUGCUUAUAAUAAAUAGGAUAUGACAAAGGUGA